AUGAAGGCGGGUGAGAGUGAGGUGCAUGAUGUGCACUUCUCUGUAGAGAAGCAGAAUAUUUCUCUCUGGCCCCGAGAGCCUCCUCCCAAGGCAAGUCCAUCUCUGGUUCUGAGUAGACGCCCCACAUUGUGUGCUGCAGUGAUUUGCCUGGCGCUGGUCCUGGUUGCCUCGGUGGUUAUGCAGGCCGCUCUCUAUUCCUGGCUUCAGGGCAAAAUAUCAACUGUAAAGACCAAUACUCAGUUGCUGAAUAAUGUGGUGAGCAAUAUCAGCACCUUGGAUUCUGAAAUUAAGAGAAACAGAGGUGGUAUGAAGACAACUGACUUUCAGGUUCGAACAGUAAACACCAGCUUGAAUCAAGUGCUUUCCAAGAUCCAAAAAUUGGAGAUCAGAAUGAUGCAAGCAAGUGCAUCGGUCCAGAUGUUAACAGCCAGUUGGGAGGAAGUCAAUACUUUAAAUUCCCAGAUCCCAGAGUUAAGAAAAAAUCUGGAGAAAGCCAAUGCUUUGAAUGUAAAGAUUCUUGGACUCCAGAAAAAUCUGGAAAAUAUUGACAAGAAGAUCAAACAUCAAAACGAUAUUCUACAGAUGGUUUCUCAAGACUGGAAGUAUUUUGAGGGGAACUUCUAUUAUUUUUCAAGGAUCUCCAAAACCUGGUAUAGUGCUGAGCAGUUCUGUCUUUCCAGGGAUUCAAAACUGACUUCAGUGACCUCAGAUGAUGAACAGGAGUUUCUGUGUAAGACCGCAGGUGGGGAGCCACACUGGAUUGGCCUGAGCAAAGCGGGGGCUCAGGGACUCUGGACCUGGGUGGAUGACACACCAUUCAGCAAGGUGCAGAGUUCCAGAUACUGGGUUCCAGGGGAACCCAACAAUAUGGGGAACAACGAACACUGUGUCACUCUAAAGACAACUUCCCUCAGGUCGUGGAAUGAUGCCUCCUGUGACUUCCCAUUUCGUUUCAUCUGUAAACGACCCUACAUCCCAUCUGAUACCUAA